AUGGCGGCCGAUGCAGCGGAGAUAACCGUCCAGACAAACCCCCGGUCCUCCCCCGACCGCGGCCUGAGCGCCCUGUUAAUGACAGUCACGCGGAGAAACCAGGACAGGCAGUGGAGGCUGCGGAGCAUUUAUCUGCAGUGCUACUUUUUAACCAUAGCAACGAUACUGGGAACGGGAAUUUUAGGUCUGCCGGUAACGAUCUCCCACGCUGGACUGGUGCCUUUCCUGGUCUCCUUCCUGGUCGGCUUCUUCGUCCAGGCCUUGCUCAUCUACCUCUUCGUCGAGCUGCUCCAGAAGUGCCAGGUGGUGCAGAUCGAAUCCCUGAAGACGGGCGCGGCUGAGUGCAUCGCCAUGGAUCAGGUGGGCGUGGAGGCGCCGGCGCCCGCGGAGGAAGAGGAGGCGGAGGAGGACGAAGACGACGGGGAGAAUGCAGAGGCGGAUACCGGUCUGCUGCACCCGGCCGCGUUGGCCCUGCAGGACCGGGCCGAGAGCCUGCAGCCCAACCUUCACCUCCUCAGCCACGUCUUCCUCUCCCGGCCCAUGAGCCACGCUUUCAACUGCGUGCUCCUCUUCCAGUUCAUUUCAAUAGGAAUCAGUUACGUGCUGGCUGGCAGCGAGGCCUACGCUGCGCUCCUGAACAUCAGCCACGUCUACGUGAUCCCAGCCUUCACCUGGACUCUCACGCUGGCCAUAUUACUGGCCCAGACCGUCAUUCAGCCAAUCACUUCACUGCUCACCUUCCUGAAAGGGAUCCUGCUCAUUGUCACGGUGGCUGUGACUUUUGCAGUGGGGUCGGAGGUCGGCCUUCAGAGCAGCAGUGACUUCCGUCAGAUGGGGAAACCGUUCCUAAUGGGCACCGUGGCUCUGGGAGGAAUCGUGAACGUGAUGCCUCUGCUCUACUCACAGAUCUCACACAACAAGACACAGAUCCUGUGGUUUCGGAGAGCUGUUCUUGGAGGUCUGGCCACGUGCACUCUGCUCAACGUCCUCUGGUGCUGGGCAGUGCUUGAAAUUGUCCCCCAGACGUCAGGACUGAAGAAAAGCCCGGCAUCGACGGGGGCGCCUGGCCCGGACCCCUCGUCGUCCCCCCCGCUGUACUCCAACAUCUCCCUGGAACAGCCUCUGUUCCUCUGCGGAUCCACCGUGUGGAUCUCUUAG